CGACAAUCAAACCAAGCGCUGCUCCUGCUCCUGCUGCAUGCACGACAUGGUCGAUUGGCUCUAGCUGGGGAUCUUACCACCAGGUUGAGCAUCGGCUAGCUGUCAUUGCUUCCUCCUGUUUGCCUCCCCUGUCAUGCUAGCGACUGUCUCUCCCAUUCUUCCGUCAUCCUUUCUUUCUUCCUUGUAAACCUACUACCUGCGUGCGGCAGUGCGCUUUGUCGCAAUGGCUUUUUACGACGACCCUGGGAAUGAUGCCCAGCCAUUUGGGAGGCCUCCGAAAUCCUACGAAGGGGGAAUUGCUGGACCGCGACGACCGAGACUCGUGACAGACUAUGGAUCAUCGAUGGUACAAUGGAUACGCACACGGAAGCCUCGCUAUAAGGGUGGUCAUCAGAUUGAGGUGGAAAGGCCUAGUGCAAGCUAUGUUGUGGAUAUGCUCCCACCUCUUGCCCGAGUUCAUUCUCCAGCGGACACUAUCCCGGUGCGGCAUUUACAUCAGUCAAUCGGAAAAUCGAAGAAACCGAUCACUGUCGUACGAUGGACACCGGAAGGAAGGCGCCUGCUGACGGGAGGACAUACGGGCGAAUUCAUGCUCUGGAAUGGCACUGCCUUCAACUUCGAAACAGUCAUGGAUGCACAUUACGACCAGCUGCAAGCUGGAGUCACUUCCUUAGCUUGGUCUCACAGUCACGACUGGUUGAUAUCCGGAGGACAGAAGGGUGACGUGAAGUAUUGGCGACCUAACUUUAACAACGUCGAGACGAUCGAUGACGCACAUCACGAUGCUGUUCGCGAUUUAGCUUGGUCACCCAGUGAUACUAAAUUCCUCUCCGCAUCCGACGACACAACACUGAAGAUUUUCGAUUUCACUGCAAGAACUUGCGAUACCGUUCUUACCGGUCACAAUUGGGAUGUCAAAUCCUGCGACUGGCAUCCCACCAAAGGUCUGCUUGUGUCUGGGUCCAAAGACCACCAAGUCAAGUUCUGGGAUCCUCGCACAGCAAGAUGCUUAACAACGCUCCAUAGUCACAAGAAUACCGUCACAGCGACGAGGUUCUCCCGCGUAAACAAUAACCUUCUAGCUACAUCAUCUCGGGAUCAAACGGCGAGAGUCUUUGACUUGCGCAUGAUGCGAGAUAUUUGUAUCCUCCGAGGCCAUGAGAAGCCCGUCUCCUCUCUAACAUGGCACCCGAUCCACAGCUCUCUCAUAUCCACUGGUAGUGAGGAUGGCUCUCUAUAUCACUAUUUACUUGAUGAACCAAAUUUGCCCUCCGGCCAGAUCCCUACAAUUGCGCCAUAUGACAGCAACGACCCGGCUAACACGCCGGCGCAGGUGAUAUACCCUGCCCACAAGGUACAAUACGCGCAUGGUGCCACCAUCUGGUCCCUCGAUUGGCAUCCUCUUGGUCACAUUCUUGCAUCCGGAUCUAAAGAUAACUUCACGCGGUUCUGGUCCCGUGCCAGACCUGGGGAGACUAGUUACAUGAAGGACAGGUUCCACAUCGGAGAAGAAGCGGCGGAAGCCCAGGGUACAUGGAGCCGGGGCUUCGGACGGCGGCAGAUGCGUGAAGAGGAAGAACAAGAACUUCAGGAUGAGGCGGAGAGCUUGGUCGACCAAAAGAAACCGGCCGGUAUGUCGUCUCUUCCUGGAAUUCAAUUCGCACCACCUGGCGCCGCACCACAGCCAGACGGGAUGGGUUCGAUACUGCCCGGGAUUGGGGCUCCCCAGCCCCCACCCCAGCCGGGGUUUUCCACUUCUAUGCCACAGAUGGAUCCUGGGCGUUUAGCAGCUCUUCUGUCCAGCCAACCGCCCCCUCAGCCGAACAAUUUCCCUCCCACGACUGGAUUGCCCGGGUUUCCCAUGCACCCUGCUAUGUCGGGGACACCUCCGGUGAACGUUGACUUGGCGGAACUACAGAAGCAGCUUCUUUCUCAAGGAAUAUCGCUGCCCCAGAACUUCCCGCCGCCAAACUUUCCUGGCAUGCCCGGGGGGCUUCCCGGCUUGCAAGGGAGCAGUACGCCCGAUCACGGAUAUGGAAGAUGAUUCCAGAUGCGGCAUCUAGUGCUCAAAAGCUCGGUUGGCUCAUAUAAAUGGCGUAAUACCAGGUCGCUCGGUUGCUGGCGUGGCCUCAAUAACUUUCGGCGAACAUUAUGUAUGUAUUAUAGUCGGUUUCGACGAGAUUCUGCGCUCUUGGCCAUAAUAAGACGAACAUACUGUCCGUGAGUACCUGUUAUCGACACGGCAGGUAAGGGAAUGUGAGGGAUUGUGAUGUGGCCAUGAAGACAUCCCGAUUCGUCUUCGGUCAUAGUCCUCCUGGGAUAGGGAAGCUAGAUAGGAUAAGGACCAAC